AUGUGGCUCACAGAUCAGCAGAAAAUCGGAGUCGGCCUGGUUUCCUUUGGCACCUUUUUCCUCUUCCUAGGCGUCCUAUUGUUCUUCGAUGCGGCUCUUCUUGCGCUGGGAAAUGUUCUCUUCACCGGCGGCAUCACGCUGCUAAUCGGGCCGCAGAAGACGUUCUACUUCUUCGCACGCAAGCAGAAGAUCCGCGGGACAGCAUGCUUUUUCGCGGGGAUGCUUUUAGUCUUCAUGAAGUGGACUUUUAUCGGCAUGAUCAUCGAAGCGAUAGGCUUUCUCAAUCUGUUUGGUGAUUUUUUCCCGGUCAUCCUUAACUUCCUACGGCAAUUGCCCUUCAUUGGCAAUCUCCUCUCACUACCAGGUAUCAGAGAGGUGUUGGACAAGCUCGCAGGGUCACGACAAUCAGCAGUCUAG